AUAGGGGGAACCGAGAAUUGGGCGUUCAACGUUGAACAGUGUCGUCGACCAUUCGUCGUUGGAACUCGUGGUCAACACUGAGACCACGCGCAACGUUCUGGACCAGCCAUGAACGAAUCACGCGUAGACCCAGUGCGAAAUGAAUACCUCUAUUCAGUGUUAAACGUGCCAACGAGCGCCUCCGCAAACGAAAUAAGGGAACGUUACAGAGCGCUUUCCGUCAUCUUUCAUCCCGACAAGCAACGCGGUGAACGCACGAAGGACACUGCAGCUGUGGAAUUUCUUGAAAUCCAAAGGGCUUACGAAGUUUUGUCCGACCCCUUUCUCCGAGAAGUGUAUGAUUUCCUGGGUGAAGAUGCUCUUAAAAACGCAUGGCCUCCAGAACUGCGAUCUCAAAGUGUUGAACAAAUACGUGCCCAUCUUCGACGAUGGAGGAUCGAUCGAAGUCAGGAAGUGUUUGAUCGCCUCAUUCGGCCAAGAGGCACGGUGACGUGUGCAAUUGACGCAUCGACGUUAUUCGCACGCGGUGAUGACCUAGAUUAUGAUUCGAGAGGCCUCUUCGCCCGCUUGCGUGGAGUCUGGGUCUCUCAAUUUGCGAUUCGUCACUCUGUUACGAAAGUGUUGAAUGAAAAGACUAAUCUUAAAUUCACGAGUCACCUUGGACUAGGCCCUCGAAAUGACCUGCUUAGCAGAAAUAACCUCAUGGGCACGAUACGCCAUCAAUUCUCUCCUCGGCUCGCUGUGGAGGCUACAGCACAUUUCUUAGAACCUCACCUCGUUGUCGCAAAGGCAAGCUAUGAAGACAACGACAAUACGUUAAAUUGCCGUGUGCAUUUCAUUCCUGCGUUCUGGAACCUUCUCCCUCCGGCUAGUACCGUUUCCUUCAGUCGUCGACUCUUCCGACAUGCUUCAACGGUGGGCUCUGUGGCGUGGACUUUCUCUCCAUUGUCCAUGGGAAGCUUUGAAUUUGAUAUACACUCCCCUCAGCCUUUUGACUUCUCGUCUCCUGAAAAUUACGUUCGCUAUACGGACCGGAUGAACGCCGACUUCACAAAUAAGCCCGGCUCCGUCAGUGGUUUUGGGGUUGGACUGUGGGCCUGGUCGUGUGGGUUUCAACUAUCUGGCAUUAACUCAUGUAUCAAGACCGAAUGGACCAUCUGGUUUUUCGAACUAUCACUGAGAUUCAAGGCAGGCCUAGAGAUUGGAUUUCGGAGAUUGGCCUAUUUAGUCACCGGGACAUGGACUAACGCAAAUGCUGCCAUAUCAACCAGCUUUGGCGUGAGCACCGAGGGGUUAAUCAUGCGCUUUGAGUUGGAAUAUCUCCAUCAGAAAUGGAUAUUGCCAAUAACUUUGUCGACUGUAAGAAAUCAAACAUUGGAGUUCUUUUCGGCUGUAGUGCCUUCAACAGUUCUUCUCCUCGGAUAUCACUUUGUUUUGAAGCCUCGUAGGCAGUUACAACGAACCUUAUAUUUCCGCAAGGCCGAGCGCCUCCUCAAAGAGGAAAAUUCCCAACUCAAGAGGCGCAUUGACGACACCGUGGAGUUGUUGAACGAAACUGCCAAACGUCACAUGCAGUUGGAAAGAAGCAGAGGAGGACUUGUCAUCCUGAGUGCGACGUACGGGUCUGAAACAGACGCCAGGAGCCUUACGAUCGAUGUGACCGUGCCUGUCCAAGCCUUGGUGCACAACAGUCAGGUCCACGUCCCCGGCCAUCGGACAAAGGCCGGUAUUCAAGGGUUCUACGAUCCCGCCCCUGCAUCCCCUAAAUGUCUUCGUGUGCGUUAUCUCUUCCGCGAUCGACAACAUUACGCAGAGAUUCCCGAUUAUAUCCCGGUCGUGUUGCCUUUGCCAGACCAUCUCGUGAAUUAAUCUGUUACCGUCACCUCCGAUCUGUUACGAGCCUACUUCACUCCUCCUUCAGUAUCUUAAACUUUGAUACUCAUAUCUAAUGUCAGUCUGGACGACUAGA